CAUUUAAAUGUGUGGACUUUGAUGGUGGAGUGCGAGGAGCGCACACACACGGAAGAGCAGCCCCUACAGCUGGCAGCGGGUGUUUCUAAAACAGACUCGUUGCUGAGAGAGAAGGACCUGUCAAAUCUCUCACGUCCUAGAAGAAACACAAGUGAGGUUCGCGAUUGAUGCAACACAGUUUUAAGUGAAGUUGAUUCAACGAUUUUGGUAAGAGGAGCCACGUUUCAAACGAGGAAUAGAGCAUUCCGACGGGAAGAUGUUUUGCGUGGCAGAACUUUGUAUGAACGUUUUAAUGGUGGGGACUUCAAACACGCGUGUUGCAGCAUUUGAAAGGACUGGACUGCUAUUCUCGUCGGCUACUGAACACAAACGUUGUCAUCGGGCUAGAGUAUGAGAGCAGGCCAUUGAGGACAAUGCUAACACAAUUUCUAAGGGCUGCUACACCGGGACAUGUGCAACGCUCCACCGCAUUCGCUCGUUGUCCACCAUGACAACCACUGCCAAUAACUUUGUUGCAAUGUAGCAAACCAACGAUCGUUUAAUUAUAUAUAUAUAUUUUAUUUUUCCUCAGACUAACAAUGAUUGGAGUGGUUUGGUUUUUGAUGCAGUGUAAACGUCGGGGAUGAAGAUGUUUAUCUUCAGUGUCCUGGCGAGUUUAUUCGCGUUUACUUCACUGACAUGUGGCUAUCAGAUGUCGUGGGGGAAUUGGAAUGGCAAUUCGCAGAACCGAGUGAGUAAUCGUGACAAGACCACUCAACCUCACAUAAUUUUCAUCCUGGUUGAUGACCAAGGCUUCCGGGACGUGGGCUACCAUGGGUCCGAGAUCAAAACCCCAACUCUGGACAGGCUGGCAGCGCAGGGAGUGAAACUGGAGAAUUACUACGUUCAGCCUCUCUGUAGCCCUUCCAGGAGUCAAUUGAUGACUGGCAGGUAUCAGAUCCACACGGGCCUCCAGCACUCGGUCAUCCGGCCCACCCAGGCCAACUGUCUGCCCCUGGAGAACGUCACAUUACCACAAAAACUCCGGCAGGCGGGCUACUCCACCCACAUGGUGGGCAAGUGGCACCUGGGCUUCUACAAACGCGGCUGCAUGCCCACCCAGCGUGGCUUCGACACCUUCUUUGGGUCCCUGCUGGGUAGCGGUGAUUACUAUAGCCAUUAUAAAUGUGACGGUCCUGGCAUGUGUGGCUAUGAUCUCUAUGAAGGGGAGGAGGCGGCCUGGGAACAAGAUAGGGGCCAAUACUCAACCCUGAUGUUCACCCAAAAAGCUGUGGACAUCCUGGCUCACCACAACCCUCAAAAACCCUUAUUCCUCUACUUGGCCUUUCAGGCGGUCCACUCCCCGCUACAGGUGCCCGCUCUCUACCUGGAGCGCUACAAGUCCAUCCCUAACUUACAUCGUCGCAAGUACGCCGCCAUGGUGUCCUGCCUGGACGAGGCCAUCCACAACCUCACGCUGGCGCUAAAGCGCUACGGUUUCUAUGACGAUACAGUGAUAGUGUAUUCGUCAGACAACGGGGGCCAGCCCAUGGCCGGGGGCAACAACUGGCCACUGAGGGGGAGCAAGGCAACUUACUGGGAGGGGGGCAUCCGGGCCGUAGGCUUCGUCCAUAGUCCCCUGCUUGUGAACAAGGGGACCCAAUGUCGGGCGUUGAUUCACAUCACGGACUGGUUCCCCACCCUGGUGUCCUUGGGGGAGGGGACUCUGGACGAAGACCUCAACCUGGACGGGUACGACGUGUGGGAGGCCAUCAGCGAGGGCCGUCCGUCCCCCCGACAGGACAUCCUACACAACAUUGACCCUAUCUACACUAAGGCCAAGAAUGGAUCCUGGAAGGCCGGCUACGGCCUCUGGAACACGGCCAUCCGUGCCGCCCUCCGGGUCGGUCACUGGAAGCUCCUUACUGGGGUGCCGGGCUACAGCGACUGGGUCCCUCCGCAGACGUUCUCCAGUCAACUUCUGACCAACCGCUGGCAUAACGAACGCAUCCGCUGGGACCGAGGAAAGUCCAUCUGGCUGUUCAACAUCACAGCAGACCCCUAUGAACGAGUGGACCUGUCACUACACUACCCACACAUAGUGAAGAAGAUGCUAUUGAGGCUAGCACAGUACAAUAGGACGGCCAUCCCGGUGCGCUACCCGGCUAAAGACUCCCGCUCCAACCCUAACUUUAACGGAGGGGUUUGGGGACCCUGGUACAAGGAGGAAGAGGAUGAAGACGAUAGGGAGACUAACCUCUUCACUAACUACCUGGCCAAGAAGAGACGGAAGAAGAAAGCGAAGAAGAGGAAGCUCUGAAAAGAAAGGGGGAGGAUUAGACUUUUUUUUAUUGUUGUGACUUUUUGUGUGAAAGACUUUUAGAUGGUCAGAUCUCAGGGAUUGACACACAAUCUGUCUUAAAGCAUUGUCCUGCUCAAUGACUUGAAUGGACUGGUGCUUGGAUAGUAUGGGAAAUCAAUGGACAAAUGGACAUAGAUUUGCCUCAGAGUAGGCUAAAAGUAGGCUUUAUGGAAAAUACCCACUUUAAAUCACUACUGUCAGACCCAACACCUAUGACCUCAUGACUAUGGGUUAAGGCCUUUAAAAGAAUGUUUGUUUUUCUGGUUUUUAUUGCAUGCUUGAAUUCCUGUGACAUUCAGAUUGUUAAUAGAUUCAUUACAUUUCAUCAGAGAGAAAAUAAAUAUAGAAUUAAUCUUUACAGACAGCGUCAUAUAUUUUGGGUGAAGUAAAAAGAACCAAAUAAACAGUU